AUGGAGAAUAUACUCUCGGAAGAUCCUUUGGAAACUCAUUUCGAUUGGGGGUUGGCACCGUCUCCAUCGGAACUGGCUCACUUGAUUUCUCCAGAAGACUCUUCGGCACAAUUUUGGAGCUGUGUAACUGGAUCGUUGAUGACUCUCGUCUGCAGGCACCGGAAAUGUGUAGGAGUGCGAGGAGCAGUCAACUUGGUUCGACGUUUCUGUCGUGAUGCGGUUGACACCGUCUCCUUCAAAACUGGCUUAAUCUUAUCUUCAAAUGUCUUCGGUGUAUUCUGGAGGUUGACACCCUCCCGAUCGAAUCGACCAUUCUCUUUCUCCGAAGAGCUCGCCAGUAUCUUCUUGUGGCCGUGUAACUGUAUCGUUGAGGACAUUCUUCUACACUCACCGAAAAUGUGUGGAUUGCGAGGAGCGAUCAACUUACUUCGACGUUCCGUCGUGAGGCGAUCCGAACAGGGAUCAGAAGUUGAGGCGUUCCUCAAGAAGACAGGCCAUUUAUGCGAGUGGGCUGUCCCUCGUAUAAGUUUGAUUCACAAUCGUGGAGAUCCGGGACGGGUUCGCCGCGAAUUUGUCUCGUUUUCUCGUAUGGGAAUUGUUUGCCUCUUCGAUAACUCCAAUUCAUCGGAGCUACUCGAAACAUACCACGCGAGUGCUAGUGUUGAUGAAGUCAUGCUCUAA